UUGCUCCUUCUCAAUAUUCUCACCAAAAAGCCAAACUUGCCCAAUGAUUUGAAAGAUUUUGAGUUUCGAGUCAACAUUAAUGUUUCCAGCAAAAACACCUUAUAUUACUGCAAACCAUUCCAAAUGCCAGACUUCAACGAUACCAAGAAGCACGUCGUCAAGAUCUCACCUGUUAUCACCCCUGGUAACGAGGGUCUUGUCCACCAUAUCCUGGUUUAUGGAUGCAAAGAUGAUUUUCCUGUUUCUAAUCUCAGCGUUGAGGGAGCAUGUUUUGGAUCUAACAUGCCUGACCAUGUUCAAUCAUGUGCUGCUCAGUCGGUAGUUGCAUCAUGGGCUAUUGGGGGUGGUGUAAACCGCACCGACCAGUCUGGCAUUCGUUUCCACUAUACUUCAUCUCUACGCAAAUAUGAUGCCGAUAUUUUGUGGGUUGGAUGGGCUGUCAGCCCUUUCAUGUGGAUCCCACCUUAUCAAAAGCAGUGGAACUCUAUUGGCUACUGUCCUUCGAGCUGUACACAACUCGGAUUGGCAAACAGUAGUUUACCAGAGGGAGGCAUCAAAGUGUUUUCAGCGAUUCUUCACUCUCACCUUCUUGGUAAAUAUGACAAUAGAAACAAUAAUAUCUUGACUAUGAGAACAGCCAUAAAAAUAGCUAAAAUAAUGACCAUUUGA